AUAAGUGAAAAAGGCAAAUAUUUUCUGUAGAGAAGAUAUUUCUUAUAACAUUUGUGAGAUGUCUUCAAAUUUAACAGAAAAGUUUAUAUAUUUGUUUCAAGUCACGAUUGGCAACAUAAUUCACGGUCAUGUGUUGUUAUGCAUGUUCUGUUUAUAUUGCUGAAAGAUGUCGAGAUGGAUUCGGUACCACCGACCGCAUAGUUGUCAGCUUGAUUUCUUGUGAUAAAUGUGAAUUCUAGUCAUUAGGUGAUUAAAAUAAAAAUUAAAGGUUAGAAACAUGAAGCAGGCCUUUCAGUAGAUCAACCAGAUUAAUUUUUGAAACUAUUUUUGUGUUAAUUAACUUGUGUUCGAGUUUUGUUUUCCUAUACAAAUUUUCUGUAUUCUUUAUUUUUGCUGAUUCAAUUAAUUCUACAUGGCCUACAAACAUUCCUGAACUUUCAAUUUCCCCCCGUAUAUCAACUUUAAAAUGUUUGUAAAUCAUUUUGAAUUGUAUAUACUCUUCAAAGCGUGAAGUGUUAAUGAUUUGAAACAUGAGUGUUCCCGAUUAUGAUUUGCGUUCUGAAGACCAUAGAACUGUUCUUGUUCUGGUCAAACAAAUAGGUGAUAAAGUCAGUAAAAAAUCUUUCUCCAAAAUUUUUGAAAGGAUUAAAAGUGUCCAGUAUGUGACUAUUCGCGAGUCUGGCUCUACUCGUUUGAUUUGGUUCCGGUACGAAACCGAUUACUCUCCAGAAAAUAAUGAUUGGGGAGAUUUUCAGACUCACCGAAAAGUUCUUGGCCUUAUAUCUAUUGGGAAAUCUGGACCAGACGAAAGUGUAGAAGAGUUAUCUAAAGAACACAGCAUCUUGUUAGAAAAGUACAAUAAUUCUAUGUUUGAUUCACGGUGCUUUGUAUUCAAAACUGAUAGUAUUUCUCCCUCUGAUAUCAGUGACUCUAAGUUUUCAUUAGAUGAUAAAACUAUUUCACCAGACUGCACACAUUCUCCAGUGAUAGAUAACUUGAAAAAUGAUGUUUUUAAAGAUAAUGUGGAACCUGUGCCAAAGAGUCAUAUGUCAAAUGAUGAUGAUGAUAUUAACAUAUUUAACAAUUACUAUUCUAGCUCGCCAAAAUCCGACACACCAGAAAGUAGUUUGAGAGACUUAGAUGAAUUAGGAUUUUCGCCUGAUUUCAAUUCAUUGCCAAGUUUCCACAGUACAAACUUAAAUGAUGUUAGUCAUUCUAUUGAUACUACUGAAUCAAAUAACUUGAGUAGCAGUGGUAGCCCUUCCAGUCCAGUAAUUGCCGGUGAUUCACCUGCUUCCAAAAAGUUUAUGAUACCGUCGUCAAAUUCUCGAAGUACCCAUUGUAUUAUUUAUUCUGACACCAAUAACUGUGAUCAAUUGGAACAUGAUGUGAGAGAGUUACUAAAUUCAAUCUUUUGGAUUCUUGAAUCAAAACGCUUGGAUCGAUCUUUUGAAAAGCAAGAUAAAAUACCUCUUUUGACUGCUCCUUUUGAAAAAAAGAAUUUUGUUGGAAUCGACACAGACACAAAGGUAUACAAGAAACGAUGUCUAGGAAGAAUGAAAAAACACAUUGGGGACUUGGCAUUGCAAGCAGGACUACCUUUAGAAGCUUUACCCUUGUAUUUAUCCUCCACUGAGUAUUUGAAAUCGGGACAAGAUUGGCUGUGGCUUGCAGCUGCGUAUGAAGGACAAUGUGCUGCAUCCACAAUAUUGCAAUCAGAAGCUAAAGGCAAACCACUGAAGGAACAUUCUCCUGAGCGAUUUAAAAUUCCUGUUCCAAAAAUUAUAAAAUCACCAGCUACACAAAGUAAAAGCCUUCCUCCAUACCUUGAUCCUGUGGAGUACAAGAACUUAGGGAAAAGCAUUCUUAGUUUUGAAGAAAUUGUUGAAAAAUAUGAAGAAGCUAUUAUGCAUUACGAAAAAUAUCAAGGAGCAGCUAUUGUAGAACUGGAGUGUAGUAUGAAAGCUGCUCGUGUUUUCAUAAGUUACAAGAAAUAUAUAGAAGCAUCGACAGUUUUGCAGAAUGUAGUGUUUACUUCAGUCAUUCAAUCAGAUGAGCAGAAAGUAAUCCGUUUUAAUGCAUUAUUUCAAGUAUUUACAGAUAUGGGAUUUCAUAGAAAAGCUUCUUUUUUCAAAAGAAUGGCAGCAAAAGCAUGUGUUGCAAAUCCUAAUCCUAAUUGGCUUAAGUGUUAUUAUCUAAUGUUGGAAUCCUUACCUGGCUUUUCACUUCCACUUGAUGUUGAAGAAUAUCCCUCAGAUAAUUCCUUGGGAUGGCCAGGCAUUCAGUACCAACUGUUAAAUGAUAUUAGCAGAGUUUCAUUAAUGUUGAAUUAUCAAGCAAUAACCGUGAGACAUCUUACAUACACACUUCAUACUCAGCUUAAUCGCCUGACUUCUUCUCAGUUACGAAUAAUUUGUCGACAACUUGAAGAAUUGACUGCCAAAUGUGAAGGAGCUCCAGUACCAUUAAUUUUAGAAAAUGGUAUUACAAUACCUCCAGUGAAUCUUUUGAAUUUACCGCGGGUGAAGUCUUUUAAGUUGCAAAGUCUUCGCCCUCAUCUAAGACCGGUGAAAAUAACCAUGAAUGAUUCAAAAGCAGAUUCUGAGCAAGAUUCGAUUUUUAUAUUUUCAGCUAUUUCAAGAGACAGAUCUACAAAAGGUAGUUGCAAGAUAGAUUUUAAAUGGGUUGAAGGAGAUAUCUGUGAGGUAGCUUUACAAGUGUUUAACCCGUUACCUUUUGAGCUUAAAGUAACGAAUAUGAGCAUAUUAGCUGAUGACAUUCCCUUUGAAAGCUUUCCUGCAUGCCUUUCUUUGCCAGCUGAAUCUGGACCAUAUCCAGUAACAUUGCAUGGUUCACCUGUAGGCUCAGGCAAACUGCAGAUUUUAGGUUAUACUACUCAUGUUAUGGGGGUCAAAAGCAUUUGUCUCUUAAAAGAUAUUCCUGCCAUUAGAAAGCCAUAUUUCGCAAUAGAUGUUAUUCCUCGAUUACCCAUUAUAGAACUGUCUACUUCACUUCCCAGAUCUUCCAUGUUUUCAUCACUUGAAGAUACAAGUUAUGUUGUUAUUAGUGCUUCUUCAACUAUGAUGACUGGUCAGAGUCAGGAAUGUACUAUAACCAUUUCAAAUCCUGGAGUUGAAUCAGUAGAAUGGAUUGACAUAAGUUUGCAUUCCAAAUUAAAAAAAGACUUGGAAACAUCUUUUUUUACUUGGAGUAAAGAAAAUCUUGAUACCCAGUUACCAAUAACAGCUGGUUCUGCUGCCAGUUUUACUUUGUACAUAAAUAGUAUUGAUGAUUUCAUUAGUGAUAUUCCUGUUAAAAAAGAAGAAAAUGAGACAAGUCGAUCUGGAUUGUCAUCAGGUAACAAUACUCCAGUCAGAAGAAUAACUCAAUCAAAAGGUUCACCGACGCCUUUUAAAUCAAAGAUUAUUGAAGCUGUCAUUCAGAUACAGUAUUCUGGUGGUCCUGGUAUGGUUGCAGGAUAUUGUAGGCAGUGUGCAAUAGCCUUAACUAUUGAAGUUUGUCCAUCCAUUAUGAUAACAAAGUGGGAUGUUCUUCCUUCUGAAGUUCCAACCCACUGCUAUCUGGUGUUGGAUAUUCUGAAUUGUACUGGAGGUGAAAUGGAAGUUCAGUAUGCUACAAAUAAACGAAUCCAUAUAGAAGCUAGUGACAUAUGUCGUGUGCCUGUUCCUGUUGAAAGAUGCCCUUUGUCUGCAAUGACAGAAAGUUUUGGAACUGGCUGGGCUUCUGUCGAUAUUUGUGGGCAUUUGUGGAAGUAUAUGGAUGAUCCUACUGACCAAAGAAAAGGCAAAUUACUUAGAGCCUGCCGAAAACAUUUAGAAAAUUUAGUGGAUCUUCAGUGGACUUCAAUAUAUUACAUAGCUUUUUCUCAAAUCACUGGUCGAGCUUCAAUUUCAGAGAUUCCAUGGACUGAUGAUAUGCUAGGUUUUAUUCUCAUGUCACCUAUUCGAUGGGAAGUCCUUGUGAAUGGCAGAGAAUGCAAGCCUGAAUCAGAAUCUUGCUUUUCUGUUGGAGAUUUGAUUACUUUCAGUAUUAAACUUCUCAAUGUUUCAGAUGUGUCACUUCUUAGUUUAAAUUUGUUUAUAAGGGGUUACCAAGAUCAUCAAAAUGGUAAUCAAAGUUACCGUAUUGAAACUAAAAGAGCUGUGAGUGGAAGAGAUAGACUACAUAUUGAUGAGAUAAAACCUCAUGAAGAAUUUUUUCAUGAAUGUGGAUUCACUUUUUUUCAUUCUGGUGUUUAUAAAGUGGACAUUCUUUGCAGUCAUAACGACCCAGUGGUAUUGCAAAUACCUAAUUUAUUAGAAUUAGAAACAGAUUCUAUAGCUUCUAUUCGUGAUAAAAAAACCAAAACUAUAUAUCCUAGAUCUUGGCAUAAAGACCCUUGUCUAAUACAAAAGUGCUCUCCACCUACUAUUGACAUAACUAUUAUUGAUGAAUGAAGUAUUAUAAUGUAAAACAAAUUUGCAAGAAAGGAAAAUGGUGAUUUUGAUGAGAUUUUUAGUGAUAGUCAUGUGCCUCUAAAACUAAUUUUUUAAGAGUUCUCGUCUAUUUUAUCUGUUAUUUGUUUGUCACUUAUUUCAUGAAAUAUUAAAACGUAUUUUGUGAUGAAUCAAGUUUAAAUACUCUGAUUUAAUUUUUAUAGAUUAACAUAUGAAGUUGCCCAAUAUUAAAUUGCUUAAUUGUAUAAAAAUUUUAUGUGCUGUAAAAAUAUGACUUUUUUUUAAUUGUUUCUUUCAAACUUCAUUUUUAUCAUUUGUGCUAUAGAACUCCUGCAAAGAUAGUGCUAUUAAGUUACUGUAUAAAAUUUAAAGGUAUUGGUCAACUUUGUGUAUUAAAACUUGUAAUAGAAAUUUUUGUGUCACUGCUUAAUUACUUAUAAUUUGGUUUAAAAUUAUGCAGGUUUCAUUUUUUAUGAAGAAUGUGAACUGAGGAUAUUGGUACUAUUUUAGUUUCUUUUUUAUCAACAAUUGUAAGUUAAUACUUAUCUUAAGUGGUUUUAUUUGAGAACAAAAAAGAAUACUUUUAUUCUUAUCCAAUAUUUUGUUGUAAUGCUUACCUUUGCUUUUAAUGUGAAAUUCCUUUUUGUUAUAAUGAGCUUUCUCAUUAUUAUUUAAGUGAAUAAUGGUAUUUUUUUUUAAUAUUUGAAAAUGUUUUUUUUUUUUUCUGUAUAUUUGAUAUGUCUUCUGAAAUUAUGAAAGAGAAAAUAACCUCAAUUGUGUACUUUCCUUCUUUAACUGUUUGAAUUUUUACUUUCAUCAGUUCAGUUUUGCAUUACUAUUUUGGUUUAUUGGAAUAAAUUUCAUUAAAUUAUGUGAUUCACUCUAGCAUUCUCUCUUUCGUAAUCAAGAAAUAAUUUUAUAUAGUCAUUAUUCAUUCUGUACGAAUUAAAGCUGUAUUUUUUGCCUUCCAAAUCUUAAAUCUAAAUAUAGUUGUUUUGUUUUGAGUUAAAAGCAAAGUAUCUAUAAGCUUCCCAACUAUUCAUCUUUUUUUGUACUUGUUGUAUACUGUGUUAUUAUAAUACUUUUGAUUUAAAUGGGAAAUUCUUUUAUUUGCUGGAUUAAAUCUCCUCUUGGUAUCAUAUGUUCCUAGCAUUACAUAGUUCAUUUCCAUAUGCUUUUUGAUUAAUUUACUGAAAUGAUAAUAAAUGGUUGUAAAAAAUGUGAAUGCAAUAAUAAUGAACAAAUGGCAGUUUUUGAUGGCCAUUUUCAUUGUCUGCCUAUAAUUUAUGAACAGUUUUUAUAUCCUUUAUGUUCAUAUUUCCAUCUGGAUUAUUUGAAAAAAAUUGCAUUUGUAAUGUUAAUAACCACCAGUGCUUUUGUAACGCCAAUGCAUUAUUAAAAGGUGCCUCAAAAUAUGCAUAUAAUAUGCUGUGUUUUAAAACUGGGGCUGAAUUUAUGAAACGCAUUUUCUUGAACGGUUUUUUGUGGUUGAAGAGACAAGCAGUAUCAAUGGAGCAAAGAAUGCCUUUAUCUUGUUAAUAUAUAUAAGCUCAGACAUUCCAAAUGGUGAACUUGUGUAUGCAAAAUUGAAACUUUUUAAUAUCGAUUCUGUAAAAAUUAAUAUUGUUACAGAGGAUUAGGAUUUUAAAGUAAAGAUUUUUUUUUGGUGCAUAGCUAAUAAGAUACACACUAUUUAUUUUUCUUUCACUAGUUUUUAUUAAUUAAUUUGUAAGAGUUUAUAGAAUUCAUGAUCUUUGGGACUUGUUCUGAAGUCGUUAUUUUUUUUUUCUUUCUAAAUUUGAGAUGUUGUAUAAUUCAUUUUAAUAAUCGCAUGUAUUAUUAUUUUUAAUGUUACCCAACGAUUUACAUGUUAUACUCAUGUUUCAUGUUUUGUAAACUAAGCUAUGUAUUAACAUUCUAUAAAAAUGCUAGCAACGGUCUGAAGGGAAAAAGAGGUCUGAAGCUUUCGUGAGAAACAAUAGUGCUAAAUUUAAAUGAAUUCAAGGAUACGAAUAAGUGAAUUCAAGGGUUGCAACAUUGUUGCAGUCUGUUUAUAAAAUAUACUAAAUUGUUAAUUUAUCAUUCAGAGAAUAAACAUAAUCUGCAAUUAAAAGUUUAUUAAAUAUUUGAUCUCGUGCUUCGAACAAAACUCUACUUACUGUGAUGUCCGGUUAUAAUGGAUUUUUUUCUUCUUUUCUACCUUAGUGUUAUAAUUUAAACCUUUUUUUUAAAAUUGCAUACCUGUGACCUCUACAAAUCAUAUAAUCUUUGUUCAGUUAACUAUAUGUACAUUGCGAAUGGCAACAGUAUAUCAAAAACAUUCUUAGAAUAAAAAUGUUUUUAGAACAGUAAUGUUGGAAAACAAAAGUAUUCUUACAAUAAUUAUGUUUAAAAGGGAAAGAGUUU